AGGCAGCGGAGUUUGAGAAGUUGGCAGCUGGGACACAAGAGGGAAAGCCAAAAUGAAAUGCCUUCUACUGAUGAUUGCCCUCUAUGGAGCCUUUUCUUCUGCUGUGCCCUUAGUCCAAGAAACUGAUUACAUUUCAGAAACGGACCUGGAGUUUGCAAAGAAAUACAUGGAAAACUACUAUCCAGAAUCAGAGUCAACACCUGUUCUAAGAAGCAAAAGUGCCACUGCUGCUGAGAAAAUGCAGAAAAUACAGCAAAUGCAGAAGUUCUUUGGGCUGAAAGUGACAGGAAAACUAGAUCCAAGCACUUUGGAAGCAAUGAAAAAACCGAGAUGUGGGGUUCCUGAUAUAGAAGAAUACCGCACCUUUCCUAUGUCUCCUAAAUGGGGAAAGAAAGACCUGACAUAUAGCAUUCAGAAUUACACACCAGACAUGGCGCCUGCUGAUGUAGAUAAUGCUAUUGAGAGAGCCUGGAAAAUGUGGAGUGAUGUGACCCCGUUGACCUUCACCAGAGUUUAUGACAGCUCUGCAGAUAUAGAGAUCUCUUUUGCUUCUGGGUACCAUGGCGACUAUAUUCCCUUUGAUGGACAAGGUGGACAGUUAGCUCAUGCGUAUUCACCAGCUUAUGGUGGAAAUGCCCAUUUUGAUGAGGAUGAAAACUGGACAAAAUCUUCACCAGGAAUCAACCUAUUUAUCGUUGCUGCCCAUGAGUUUGGCCACUCCCUGGGUCUUCAGCAUUCCAGUGUUUUGGAAGCUCUGAUGUUUCCAACCUACCAGGCUGGAGACCCACAAAACAUAAGGCUUCAUAGAGAUGACAUUGAAGGCAUCCAGCAUCUGUAUGGUCCCCCUAAAGAAGACAAUGAUGAGUCAGAAGACCCCAUACUAGUAAAUGACGCAAUGUUAGCAGACUCAUGCGACCCACAUCUGGCUUUUGAUGCUGUUGUUAGUCUCAGAGGAGAAACCAUCUUCUUUAAAAACAGGUUUUUUUGGCGAAAAAAUCCACUGAGAACACAGGUUGAAAAAGAUCCUAUAUCUGCUUUCUGGCCAACUUUAAACCAUGAUAUAGAUGCUGCAUAUGAAGAUGAAGAUGAUGACACAGUCUUUCUUUUUAAAGGUCAUAAGUAUUGGGCUACCAAAGGAAAUAUUAUUCAGCCAGGUUUUCCAAAGAACAUCCACAGUUUAGGCUUACCAAAAAUUGUGAAGAAAGUUGAUGCAGCUUUUUAUGACAGAAGCUCAAAGAAAACGUACUUCUUUUCUGGCAGCAACUACUGGAGAUAUGACAAAGCCAAGAAUGCACUGGAGAAAGACUAUCCAAGGAAGAUAACAGCUGAUUUCUAUGAAGUUGGUUCUGCAGUGGAUGCUGCUUUUCUAUAUAAUGGACAUAUCUAUUUAUUCCAUGGCUCAAAGCAAUAUGAAUAUGACAGCAGAACCAAACAAUUUCUUGGCAUAAAGAACAGCAACAGCUGGUUUGGCUGCCAGUGACAUGGGGUUAAGGAAGAGAGAAGUAACUGAAAACAAUGGGAUCCCUGUUUCUUCACAUACCCAGCAGGCUUUGCUUUUGAAUAAGAUGGAAUGAGAUGGAAUGUCCAACCCGAAUAUAUAUAUUUAAUAUAAAUUAUUACCUCAAACUAUUUGUUCAUUUGUACAUUGCCAAAUAAUAAAGUGAUUUA